UUGCCAUUGACGCAAGUGCACUUGACCGCAAAAUCAAAACAAAAACUGCACAAAAAUAAACACUGCGCGCCUUGGUAUUUUGCCAUUAGUUUUAACAAUAUAACUUCAAAUACGUUCUCAAAAACGAGUGAAAAUCGUUCAAAUGGUUUAAAUACUGUGUAGUUCCUGCAUCGCAACCGUAUUUCUGAGUGAAUAAACAAUGGCCGAUAGAACGCUCAUUCUCAACCCCACUGCAAUCGAAAACACACAAGAAUGUCGUGCUUCUGAACAGGAUGUUCUGAGCGAAACAUCGGAAGAGUCUUACGAAACACACGCCAACUAUCGCAAUUUCAAUUAUGGAUAUGGCUCUUCAGACAACUCCGAUGACGACGAUGCCGACGAUGAGGAAGGCGAGGACGAUCCAUAUCAGGAGUUGUUUAUGAAUGCGUACCGUUCGGCACCGCAGUCAUCGGAUGACGAAGAGACACCUGACAAAGGCACCACACUGUGUCCCAAUCCCGCUGCAAAGCCACUAUGUCUGAUGGAGGAUUGGGAUCUCUGGGAUUACAUGGACGAGAGUGAACUGAAAGAACGAUUGAAAGACCAUCCGCAGCUGUUGGAAGAAAUUACACGCAAACGAAAACGACGCAUGUUGGAGGAAGAGGAGACAGCAACAGCACUCGAAGACGAUGAGCUUUGCAAUGUGAUGAAUAGAGCCGUGAAAUGCAUUCGUACUGAACCAUCCACAUUAACCAGUUAAGGAACCAGUCAUGCACGAUUUUAAGGCACUAUGUACCGCAUAUAAUCACGUUAAUUUUAUAACGUUUCAGUUGAUUUGUUAAAUGUAGAAGGAUACUCUCACUAACUUAUCUUAGGAUGAUGGUUUCCUUUUUCCUUAAGGAUGGCUAUAUAUUUGAAAUGGUACAUAUAAGUAUAUGUUUCAGGAAAAAAUACUUCAUAAUUUGAAAAACAAUCUCAGACGGAGAAAUUGAUUGCAAAUGUUAUGGUAAUCAGAAUGAGGUUUUAUUAACGUCUUCUGAAUACUUCCAGAUGAAUUCUACCAGUUUUAAUUUUCAUUCAAUGUAAGAAACCUAAAUAUAACAAUCACCACGUUAUACAGGUUCA